CCAGUUUUCCGAAACCAUCACAACAACCGCACCCGUCAGUCCGCACGGUCCCGCACCCAAUCAUCGCUCCAUGAUCCGGCCCACAUUGUCCAUCCCUCAGCCUGGGUCAUCUCAGUUUCACGGUUAAGAAAAUCGGGCUGACAGGAGUAACCCGGGACAAUGGCCAGUGGGCGUGGCGGCACGGGUGAGGAGAGCGCGCCCAAACGCGCCUCGGUCUUCUCGCGAUUGGGCACCAAAGGCACGCUGGGUGGCAAUAAGUCGUCCGCCGCCGGUGGGUUGGCGGGACCCUCUAAUUCGGGCGCCAACCCGUCGGGCGCCUCGGCCAGUGGCGCGGGCUCGUCCAAGAAGCGCGAUGCGGCCGGAGGUCCAGGUCCGCGCAAGAAUUAUUUGUUGGGUCAUCGGAGUGCGCCUAAUGAAGAUAGUCCCACCAUUGAUCCUAAUUGGGAGAACUGGGACGAAAAGAACCUGGACCAUGACGACGAAUAUAUGUUGGAGAAGAAACGGCAGCUCCUCAAGAAGGAAUUGGGCGAGUUGGUCACACCGGUCGAGUCGGAGGCCGGUGGCAGUGGCGCCCAAGCUCAGGUGCCCGUCAUUCCAGCGACGGCCCGAACCACGGCGCGCUCACCCGUCAAACGGAAACGAGGAGGCGGCCCGCCCGCCAAAUUGACCCGGGCGCCGCCUCGCCGUUCCUCCUCUUCCUCUUCGUCCGGCUCGUCCUCUUCCAGCUCAUCGGGCUCAUCUUCAUCCGGAUCUUCCAGUGAUUCUGGUCGAGUGCCUCGGAAGAAAGUGGCCCGCAGGUCCAGCCACCUGAUUCGUUCCCCCAGCCACUCUAGCCCAGAGCGGGUCAAGGGCUCCAAGCGAAUUAAAAGCGGAAAGCGUCAUAAAUUGGUGAAAAAAACGACCAAAUCCGUGGUCAAAGGUGCCAAGGGUGGCAAACCUCGAGCCGUGAAUUCGUCGCCCAAACGGGGACCUCAAGAGAAGAAAGUACGUGGAUCCGAUGGGAAAGUUGCCGCUUCUCAAUCGACUACGGCCAUUGCCCCGCCCAAAGUCCGUCAAGAACCGGAUAAGUUUGGCUUCUAUUGCACGCAAGCUCCCGCUGCCAUUGUCGAGCCUGUCAAAUUGAGUUCUGGCAACAAGUCCUCGUCGACAAAAGAAUCCCGAAGCAAAGUUCAUUCCCAGGUUUUAAAGCGGCGAGGCACUCCGAGAGUUAUUUCUGCCUCCACGACGGCGUCCUCGAAUUUGUCUCCUAAUCGAAUGUCUGUGUCUUCGGCUCCAUUCAAAGAUCGUCGAAGCAAAGGCUCGGCUUCACUUCCACAGGGUAAACUUUCCGACCCAUCAUCUCCUGGCCGCCAUGAUAAGAGAUCCCCGUCAAUGGACAGACGACGUGGUGGCCCUCAUCACGAUCGGGGUCUCUCACCACUAACGUCAUCUAACACUCGUCUGAGAUCAAGAAGUCCCAGAAUGGGAAUGUCCUCCAGAAGAGUGAGUCGUUCCCCCCUAAUGGAUUCAGACCGCCGAGGUGAAUCCUUUGAAGAAAGUCGAAUGUUGCGGGACUUUUCACCUCGGGCAGGGCGGAGCCGUGAGGGUCAAUCUCAAUUCUCGCGUGGCUCAUCGGCACCUCGUCAUUAUCGGAACGCUUCUCCAUUAAGACGUGAUACAUCCCGAACUGCCUUGAGAUCCUCCCGCGAUCGUUCCCCAAUGGUCGGUGGAGCGGGGCUCAAACGAGGCUCUCGUGAUGCCCGUCAACCACAGCUUAGAGAUGACAAUAGAUAUGGACGGGGUGAGAGUCCUGAUGAUCGCGAUUUCCGCGAUUUUGACCGCCGAUCGGCCUCAGGAGGAGCUCGAGGCUUGUACGAUGACCGUGAACUCAGAGAUCCGGAUCCUCGCGAUUUACGUCGAGAUAUCGGAGUGAAAGGAGAACGUCGAUUUGAUGAAGGCCGAGGCUUGAAUCAAGGACGUGGCUUUCCCCGAGGGACAGGGGCGGCUGGAGGAGGAGGAGGAGGAGGAAGUAAUCGAGCAGACGAAACUUGGGAUGAUCGUAGCUUCAGGGAUGCGCGAGACGAUCGUCGAUUCAAUGAGAGCAGACCACCGACUCAGAGCGGACGAGGAGGUGGGUUGGGGAGUGGGGUUCGGGAUUCAUGGACUCGAGAGGAGGGUCGGGAUUGGCCUGAUGAAAGUCCAGGCUGGCGGGACCGAAGUGCUAAUCCAGGGGGACGAGGAGGAGGCCGAAAGCAAGGAGGCGGAGGGCGGUCCUCCGAUCGAGGCGGAAAUAAUCGCGGAAUGCUCAGUCGGUCAAGCGAGCGCGGUCGUGGCAAUAAUGACAAGAGCGCAGCUCAGUUGACGGGUGCGAAUUCAGUGAGAGUAGCUCAACCCCGUGGCCGAGACAUGGAUUGGACGGCCAGACGAAGGUCUCCGCCUAUGAUCGAACUACAAAGAGGAUUGGCCCGUGAUCAUCGGUCGCAAUCCAAUGAACGACUUUUACCCCCUGAAGCGUUAACGCGUGGCAGUCGAGAAAGGUCCAUCUCGAGGGAUCGUACGAGUGCACCAAGAACGUUAUUACCCCUUUCCGAAGGACCUCGCAAACGGUCCCAGAGCCGAGAAAUGUCCCGACCCAAAGAUCCGAUCCGCAGUCGACCGGCCUCUAUCGAUCGAUUGGAUUCUCAAUCAGAGCCUGCUGAUUCUAGCGAAAUUGUCAGCAAGAAACGAUCCUUGGAGGAAGAGGGUGAAGUCGAUGAAGAGGUACUUCCCUCCGCCAAGAAGGUCAAGCUGGACGUUUCAGGUGUAAGUGAUGCCGAAUUAAGCUCAAAAACCGACGAGGACGAACCGAAGAGAACAGCCAAGGUGGACAUGCAGCCCAUUCCAGCUUCUCCCAAACCUCUAGUGGAUGAGAAUGCUGAAGACAUUUCAGACAUCGGAGACUCCGAUGAUGAAAUUUUGAAUAAGGAUCCAAUUCUCGAUCCCAGUCCGGAAGAAAAGCUCGAGCCUGCAUUAGAAGCUGGAGAAUUGACACCCAAAGACGAGGAACAACCAAUCCUGGAGUCAAGGAGUACUCCUACUCGCGCUCUUGGGGACAAAAAAGGCGAGAGCAAACUUGAAUCCGCUGAAAAGGGUUCUGAAUCCCUACAUUCCAACGAAGAUAAGAUGGAUAAUGAUCUCUUGGAAGGAAUUUCCGACGAGGAUCUGGCUCUGUCGGACGAGGAUGAGAUCAAAACCAAAGCUAAAAUUGCUGAUGCUCUCGGUGCAGACUGGAGCGAGUUAAUGUCGAGACCUGAGGAGAAAGCGCCUGGAUCCACAAGUCUACGGGAGAAGUGGAGUCUCCUCUCCAUUGUGAAAUCGGUGGGAAUCUCAAAGAACCUACUUGGACCCGAAAAGUAUGCAAAGUUUCUGGAGAAAGUGAACAAGGACGUACCAGAAAGCGAACAAUUUAAACCUGUCAGUGAUUUAGCCGGGUUAGACGUGACUCGACGCAGGAACGCAUUGGAAUUCAAUCAAUUGUAUGCCCAGUUGAAACCCUACGGAGAGGGAUUGACAGGUCUCAAAGAUAGAGCCAUCAGACGCCGAAUCCAAGGAUAUCUACCCCUGCCACCUUCGGAAACCCCAAAGCUGAAAACAUCCUCAGAGUGGCACGAGGCAGCUCUCAAGUUAUUAAGAGAUAAAAUGGCCCCUCUUGCUCAUCCCUAAUUAAAUCUAAAUAUGAUGUUAACUCAUUCAUUACAAACAAUAAUAAUAGUUCUUUCACUCAA